GGCGCAGCAUUUCAGGGCUUCACGGGAUUAUUUAUUCACUGUGUUCCUGGAACACUUCCAGGCUUCCCAGCUCUGCCACAGCGUGCGGAUUCAUCCAGUACCCACAAGGCUCCCAAUCCCCGAGGCAAGGGCAGACUGUAGGAAGGUGAUUCCUGUCACAAACCAGUGUUUCUGGAGGACUGGCAGGGCUCUGGGAAGACUGAACAGGAUCCUCGUCCCCUCCCUUCCUCCCCAGCGCUCUCGGGGUGGUUUUGGCAGCAGCCGCGCUCUGCAUGGAUUUCAUUGCUGGGGCCAUCGGAGGGGGCCUAAGCACAGCCGUGGGUUAUCCACUGGAUACAGUGAAGGUGAGAAUUCAGACUGAGAACCACUACAGAGGAUUUUGGCACUGUGUUCAGGAAACGUACAGGACAGAAAAGGUCCGGGGCUUUUACAAAGGGGUGACCGCCUCAGCCCUCGCUGUAUCAGUGGUUUCCUCAGUUUCCUUUGGCACAUACAAGAACUUCCUCGGCGCCCUCUGCAAGCUGCGCUACGGGGCUGCAGAUGCCAAGCCGUCCAAGCUGGAUGUUUCUCUGGCUGGAGCUGCUGCCGGCGCUGCCCGGGUUGUGCUGACAAACCCCAGUGAGGUGGCUAAAGUUCGGAUGCAGACUCAGAGGGACCCAUGCCCUUCCAGCACACAUCAGCCUGUUUCCAAGCCGAAGUACCAAGGGUCUCUGCACUGUCUGAAGGUUAUCAUCAAGGAGGAAGGUUUUGGGGGACUCUACAAGGGCUGUUCUGCAUUACUCUGCAGGGAUUGCUCUGCUUCUGCAGUAUAUUUCCUUUCCUAUUCUGUUCUGUGCGACUGGCUCACACCAGAUGGGAGAAAUAAACCAGGUUUCCUUGUUGUGCUGCUUUCUGGUGGUUUUGCUGGAGUCCUGGCCUGGGGAUUUGGUACUCCCAUGGAUGUCAUCAAAUCACGCAUGAUUACAAACUCAUCAGGGAGCCUUGGCUUCAUACAAAACCUCCCUUUUAUCUCAUUAAGGAAUCAUAGUGAAGACACUGAAGUUCUUUUGAAGAAAGGAGAUAAUUAAAUAUUACAUGAGAGGCACUCAGAUCAGGUAAAAAGGUCCAGAAAAAAAGUACAGUGAGAUUUCUGCAUCUUGCCCAAUGUCAAAGAGGAAGGUGACAGCAAGACAAGUCUGAUAUUCCUUCCCCAGUGUUCAACUCACAGAUGUCCACUCUUUCUGCACUGAUCCCACUAUGUAACAUUCACCACUCUUUUGUGUGCAGCAUGUUCUCAGCAGCCCAAGAAGACAUACAAU